UUUUAUGCAAAGAAUGACAAAUUCAUAGAAAAAUUCCAAGGAAGAUAGAAAGGAGUUUCUCAACUUGGGAUUUCAGAGAACAGUUCGUAUUUUGAAUAUUAGUCUUGGGCUCUCCUUUAAAGGUCCCUCCUAAUCCUUCUCAUUUCUUCAUCUUCAAACCUUCUCCAAACCUACUUCUCUCUCUUUCAGAUAACAACAAGAUUUUGACAUCAACGCUUGGAUCUUCAUCUGAUAAACCACUAGGGCUUUCAGGAACCAUUCAUCAUUAGCUAUGACGGUCGCGAAGAAGAAUUUUACGUGGAGAUCUAUUUUCCCAAAUUGUUUCGCUGCUCAAGAGGAGCCUAAAUCAGACAAGCCCAAGAAGGCAGUGACAAAGCAAAGUUCAUUCCAGAGGCUUUCAUUUUUGGAUUUGAGUAAUCCCAGUUCAAUUACGCUUUCGGAAGAUCUUUCCGUAUCUCUUGCUGGUUCAAACCUUCAUGUUUUUACGUUGGCCGAGCUGAAGGUGAUCACGCAGAGCUUCUCGUCGAGUAAUUUUCUUGGUGAAGGUGGAUUUGGACCGGUGCACAAGGGGUUCAUCGAUGACAAACUUCGGCCUGGUUUGAAGGCUCAGCCGGUGGCCGUUAAGCUUCUGGAUUUGGAUGGUUUGCAGGGACAUAAGGAGUGGUUGACAGAAGUCAUCUUUCUUGCACAAUUGAGACAUCCACAUCUGGUGAAGCUGAUUGGGUAUUGUUGUGAAGAAGAACAUAGGCUACUGGUUUAUGAAUAUAUGCCACGGGGCAGCUUAGAGAAUCAGCUCUUUAGAAGAUAUUCGGUAUCACUACCAUGGUCAACAAGAAUGAAAAUUGCUCAUGGAGCUGCAAAGGGACUUGAGUAUCUCCAUGAAGCUGAAAAACCUGUCAUAUAUCGGGAUUUUAAAGCUUCAAACAUCUUGUUAGAUUCAGAUUACAACCCUAAACUCUCAGAUUUCGGGCUAGCAAAAGAUGGUCCAGAAGGAGAUGACACGCAUGUUUCCACAAGAGUUAUGGGCACACAAGGCUAUGCCGCUCCUGAAUACAUCAUGACAGGUCACUUGACUGCAAUGAGUGAUGUUUAUAGCUUUGGGGUAGUGUUAUUGGAGCUUUUAACAGGCAGAAGGUCGGUGGACAAGAGCCGUCCUCAAAGAGAACAGAACUUAGUAGAGUGGGCGAGACCUAUGUUGAAUGAUCCCCGGAAACUUGGUCGAAUAAUGGAUCCGAGACUUGAAGGCCAAUACUCAGAGACGGGCGCCCGAAAGGCGGCUGCAUUGGCUUAUCUAUGCCUCAGCCACAGGCCAAGACAAAGACCCACAAUGAGCACUGUAGUUAAGACUUUGGAGCCGCUCAAAGACUAUGAAGACAUUCCAAUAGGAACAUUUGUGUUUACAGUUCCAACCGACACUUUGCGCAAGGAGGAAGAUGUAAAGGAAAGUGAAACAAAAAGGGAAUCAAGGAAAGAGAGCAGUCACCAUCGCCAAAAUCACAAGCUUCAUAAUCACCGUAGAAAUCAGUAUAGGUCACCAAGAUCAACAACAAUUGACUCAGAUAAUGGGUUGAAGUCGCCCUUGCACCCAGUGUAGUCGAACGACUAUAAAUCUUAUUAAUUAUACUGUAAAUUAAUAGGCAUCUAGAAUUAAUAGGGAUUAAGUGUAAGAAUUGAGCACUCUUGCGGGGAAGAAAUGUUUUCUUAAAUUGAUUCUUUCAAAUACAGGAAAUUUCUAUUUUUUUAAUUUUUAAAUUGUA